GGCGCUCACGUGCGGAGACCCGCGCGGGGCGGCUUCCGGGGUCCCGGGCGCUGCUGUCCCCGCUGCCGGCGAAUUGGGGUCCGGCGGGACCUGUGCUCGGCGGGCAGAGCUCGGCUCCGGGGCCGCGGCGCCGCCGUGGAUGGGCGCGGGGACCGGGACGGUGCCGGGAUGGCGAAGGCGAGGGUGCUGGCCCCCGAGCGCGCCCCGGGCGACCCCGCGCCUGAGCCCGGGCUCGUCAAGAAGCCGAAUCGGAAGAAAAACAGGAAGAAAAGAUUCUGGAAGAAGAAAGCGCGAGAAGCAGGCAGAAAGCCGGGAAACGGCCCCGGCGUGGUCGUGGUGCGACCUCCAAAGGCACCGGAGGACUUUUCCCCAAACUGGAAGACGCUGCAGGAGGAGUUGCUGAAACAAAAAUCACAGGCCCUGGAAGAGCCUCUUGUUCUCUCUCAGACGGAUUCCAAAAAGCAGCCCCAAAGUGUCCAACAAAACAGGAAAGUGAUCUCAGAUAAAGCAAAGAGAGAUGAGAUGGGGACAGAAAACACAGACCCCAAGGCCACAGGGAGCUCUGUGCCCUCAAGAUGUCUGAUGAACAGGAAGAUCCGGGCACAGCGCAAUGAGAAAGGAGCGAAGAAAAGGACCAAUGAUGACAUUUCCCCGAAACGAGAAGAAGUCAAACGUAAGAAGUGGAAAGCUGAGGAGGUGACCGCCACCUUGCCUCCGGCCCCGCCCACUGAAGAAGACAUCUGGUUUGACGACGUUGACCCAGCAGACAUCGAAGCAGCCAUCGGCCCGGAGGCAGCCAGGAUAGCAAGGAAGCGGCUGGGUCAGAGCGAGAGCAGCAUCACGCUGGUGAAGGAGCGGGCCUUCAGCGGCCUGACGAAAGCCUUAGCCGCAGACUGUGAGAUGGUGGGCGCGGGCCCCAGGGGGGAGGAGAGCAUCGUGGCCCGCGUGUCCCUGGUGAACCAGUACGGGAAGUGUGUUUACGACAAGUACGUGAAGCCAACCCAGCCGGUGACUGACUACAGGACGGCGGUCAGCGGCAUCCGGCCCGACGACCUGGCGCAGGGAGAAGAAUUUGAAGUCGUCCAGAAGGAGGUGGCAGACCUGCUGAAGGGCCGGAUUCUAGUCGGACACGCGCUGCACAACGACCUGAAGGCGCUGUUUCUCGGUCACCCGAAGAAGAAGAUCCGGGACACUCAGAAGUACAAACCUUUCCGGAGCCAAGUGAAGAGUGGACGGCCGUCCCUGAAGCUGCUUGCGGAGAGAGUCUUGGGGAUCCGGGUGCAGCAGGCAGAGCACUGCUCGAUUCAAGACGCGCAGGCAGCGAUGAGGCUGUACGUCCUGGUGAAGAAGGAGUGGGAAAGCAUCGCCCGAGACAGGCGGCCCCCGGCCUCCAAGGCCCACGGUGACGCCGCCUAGCAGGAGCCCCGUCCUGUGCCACGCUCACGGGCAGCUGUGACCAAGUCACCGGACAGAUGGAGCCCCCCCGGAGCAGUGACCCUGUGGAAAGGUUUCAGAAUCAUGGCGGCAGGGGCACGCGGCGUGCUUGCUGCUGAGCAGAACGUCGCCCGUCUGGUUGUGGCAUCUGAGACUCAUCUCCGCACCUGGGACGGGAGGAGGGGCUGUCCCUGGGGGCUCCCCGGGUCCCAGGACCAGAGGCGCCUAGUUGUCCCCAGGUCUGCGGCGCCUUCCUCUGAGGAGGCCCCUUUCCCUCGUUGCCUUGGCCAACGGAAAGGCAAGAACUCCGCGGACCCGAGCCUGGACCGCGCGGCUGUGGGCAGCCCGGCGGCAGCCUCGUCGAGGGGUUUUCAGUGGUUCCUUUCUCACCCCCUGCACACAAGUUUAAACUGCGGGUCGGGGCCCACAGCCGGCGAGGGGAGCUCGGGCUGCCCAGCGCGGUGACGACAGUUCUCCCCAGAGGUGGGCGCCUCCCCGACCACGGGCGGUCCGCAGCCCUCUCCCCCCGGCCCGGGCGCGGGGGGCUCUCUGAGCACAGGAGCAGCCGGUUGCAGUGAGUGGAGCGUGUGACGCACCGGGCUGUACUGAGCCCCUGCCAGCCGUACAGAAAGUCCGAACCCACAGAGGAUGUUGUGUGACGUAAACGCAGGUUUUUACUUGA